AUUUCUGUUGCACUGUUGUAUUGAGGCUUUUUAUAUUUGCAGCAAUAACCUAAUUGGACCAUAUAGUGAAUGAUAAAGUUGCCUUCCUAUGCUUUCUGUCUCAUUCCGCACUCAAGACUCAUCAGCUGCAUCUUUCUUCCUUCCUUCUCUAUACCGGCAUUUCACUCCCCCAAGGCUGCUCACCCCUCCAUGCUGACAGAGAGAGUCCCUGUCGGCCUGAUGUCCUCAGUUGUAGCCCCGGAAAAAUCCACCUCCAACACCAUGGGCCCCAAAGAGGUGGAGCUGAUCCUCGUAAAGGAGCAGAAUGGGGUCCAGUUCACCUCGACCACCUUAGUGGCUUCAAGUCAGAGUCACACCAACCCCAGUGGGGAGGAGGAGAGGGAGACCUGGGGGAAGAAAAUUGACUUCCUCCUGUCUGUCAUCGGAUUCGCCGUGGACCUCGCCAAUGUCUGGAGAUUCCCCUACCUCUGCUACAAGAAUGGAGGAGGUGCAUUCCUGGUGCCAUACCUGUUCUUCAUGGUCAUAGCAGGCAUGCCUCUCUUCUACAUGGAGCUGGCUCUGGGACAGUACAACAGAGAGGGGGCAGCGGGGGUCUGGAAGAUCUGUCCCAUAUUUAAAGGCGUUGGCUUUACCGUGAUCCUCAUUUCCCUCUAUGUUGGUUUCUACUACAACGUCAUCAUCUCCUGGGCUCUGUUCUACCUCUUCUCCUCGUUCACCAGUGAGCUACCCUGGGUCCACUGCAACAACACCUGGAACAGUCCCAACUGCUCCGACUGGGCUGACAACAGCUCAGUCAGUGACAUUUACAAGGCCACCCCUGCUCAGGAGUACUUUGAACGAGGGGUGCUCCACAUCCAGGACAGUAAUGGUAUUGAUGACCUGGGCCGUCCACGCUGGCAGCUGACUUCCUGUCUGGCUGUGGUGAUUGUUCUGCUCUACUUCAGUCUCUGGAAGGGAGUCAAGACCUCUGGAAAGGUUGUGUGGAUCACAGCCACCAUGCCCUAUGUGGUCUUGACUGUGCUGCUGCUCCGCGGAGUCACUCUGCCUGGAGCCAUCGAUGGCAUUAAGGCCUACCUCUCUGUGGACUUCCUGAGACUCUGUGACGCCAAGGUCUGGAUUGAGGCAGCGACACAGAUCUGUUUCUCGCUGGGAGUGGGGUUUGGUGUGCUAAUCGCCUUUUCCAGCUACAACAAAUUCAGCAACAACUGUUACAGAGACGCCAUCAUCACCAGCUCCAUCAACUCUUUAACCAGUUUCUUCUCCGGCUUUGUGGUCUUCUCCUUCCUCGGUUACAUGUCCCACAAACACAGCGUGGCCCUGGACAAAGUUGCCAGAGAUGGUGCUGGCUUGGUGUUUGUUAUUUACCCAGAAGCCAUUGCAACAUUACCUGGGUCAUCAGUGUGGGCGGUUAUCUUCUUCAUCAUGUUGUUGACACUGGGCAUUGACAGUGCUAUGGGUGGGAUGGAGUCAGUGAUCACGGGGCUGAUUGAUGAAUUCAAGUUCCUCCACAAGCACAGAGAGCUGUUCACCCUCUUCAUUGUUGUGGCCACAUUUCUCAUAUCCCUCUUUUGUGUCACAAACGGUGGGAUGUAUGUGUUUACUCUGCUGGAUCACUUUGCAGCAGGAACAUCGAUUCUCUUUGGAGUGCUUAUUGAGGCCAUCGGCAUCGCAUGGUUCUAUGGAGUGGAUCGCUUCAGUGAUGACAUUGAGGAGAUGAUUGGCCAGCGACCAGGCAGGUACUGGAGGCUGUGCUGGAAGUUUGUGAGCCCCUGCUUCCUUCUGUUUAUGGUGGUGGUGAGCUUUGCUACGUUCAACCCCCCAAACUACGGCUCCUAUAUGUUUCCUCCGUGGGCGAACAUGGUGGGGUGGUGUCUGGCCAUUUCCUCAAUGACCAUGGUGCCUCUCUACGCCAUCUACAAACUCUGCACACUGCCUGGAAAGUUUUGCGAUAGACUGGCUUAUGCCAUCACCCCAGAGACAGAGCAUCAUUUGGUAGACAACGGUGAAGUUCGGCAGUUCACUCUGCAUCAUUGGUUGGUUGUCUGAGAGCUAGAGAGAGAGAGAGAGAGAGAGAGAGAGAGAGAGAGAGAGUGAAAGAGUGAAAGAGUGAGAGAGAGAAAAUGAGAGUAUGGACAUUAGGUGGAUGACUGCAUGCACAGCAAAGGCCUGAAGAGCUUAAAGGAAGAAAGAAAUAGCCAUGUAAAUCGAUCACGAUGAUAGCUGUGGUGGUGGGAGUAGUUUAAACAAACCAACAAAGAAAAAAAAAAAACCCAUAGAAAAUAUAGUGUUCUUUAAUUUCAGCAGUGGAUGUGUGAAGCUGUGCAUUGACCCUCUCCACCAUUGUGUUGACACUGGUGAAUGGGAUUCAGUCAAACAGGUCAUGUGGUGUUUCAGCCUGCUUCUUCCAUAGAUACAAAAAGUCAUCUUGAAGGCAUACCAUGUAACUUUUAGCCUGUUGGUUAUCUUCACUUUGCACUUAGAUGAUUAUCCAUUCAGAGCAAGGAGCAGUGAAAGCCACAGGUGAAAGGAUGCAGAAUAGUUUACUUUACAUUGUGUCCAGUGCACAGUAACACAAAAAGAGUAAUAUUUGAAAUUCCAUGGCAUUUCUGUGGGGUAAAAUAUAUAUUUGAUUUUUUUUAAUGUACAUGGGAUGUAGAUGUUAAGGUGCUACACGCAACAGUAGGCACGUUUUUCUUUUUCUAAAUGUCUUUUCGGUUUUGGAAAUAAGCAUUUAAAAAAAAAAAAAUUCUGUUUGUUUAGUUUCUUUUUUUCAUUUUGAUAAGCUAAUAGUAUUAGCAGUAAGUAGCUUUAUAAUUUUUAUUGUUUUCAUAUUGUUAUUCUGGAUGAAAACUUCAAGAAUUUAGCAGUAAUGAAUGCCACCGGUUUUACUGAAUCCCAGUCCAUUUCUUGUUUGAAUUUCUUCCAGUCCAAUUCUUCUUGUAAUUUUUUUUAUUUACUUGCUCUUUUUAAAGACUGUUAUGAUGUUAUGUCACAGAUUUCUGUAGGCUUUGAAAAAAAAAAAAAAUUACGUUUGUUUACAAUACAAUAAUUUACAGCAAGGAACGGCUGCUACAUCAAUAGACCAAAAUAAUAAGUUAAAACUAUGUCUGAAGAAACAUUACCUGAGCCUUCUCUCUGAGCUGGUUCCAUUUUUUUUUUUCAGAAACAUAAAUAUGACUCAUCAGUUACAGAUCAAUAGAAUUGAUUGUCUGAAAAUAAAAGUCACUUCCUCUUACUGUGUUCCUGCUUUUAGUUAUGUUAGAUGGACCAGCAGAAACACAAUCUGACACAGUCCAUUGUUGGGUUAUUGUAACACUGUCCUUUUAAAUGAUAAUUAUGUGAGUUCUAAACAAAACUAGAGCUGAACCUUUCUGUCGCUGAUAUGGUUUAAAAUUCCUCAUGAAAUUUCUGAGGUGCAAAUAAUCAGAGUUAAGUAGUUUUAAACAGCUGCCCCAGAGCCAGAUCAACCUAAAACGUGAACAAACUUCCAAAUAAUUAUCACUGACACAGUGAAAAGAAAAACAGCACCAUCAGCCACACUGCUGAUUUAAUCAACCAAAGACUAAAAUGAACUCAGAAAUUCUGACAUCGCUUCCUCACGUGAGUAUAUUUUGCCAAGGCAGUUUCUUUUUUAAUCAGUAGACCUCUUGAUUGUUAACUUAAUUGGUCCAGGUUAAUCUCUCUUCCCCAUCAUAACAAAUUAUUGCAAAUGCGAAUUCUCUUUUCAUUUUUAUCUAAUUGGAGAUUUGUUGCCAUUUAUUCCCUCAAAGUUUCAGGUGGUGAUUAGGAAGCCAAAAAGCAUAAAGCUUUAAUUUUACCGUUUACAGAAUCUCAUUCAGUAUUUCAAGACUGUUUAAAAAGCUGCUUUUUAUUGAACUGAAAAUGAAUAGUGUGUAAUGUAAUAUAUAAAGUACUUUAAGUUAUAUAUCUGUGUAAGUAAAUGUAAUGUAGAGGGGCUUGUAUCGUAUUGUAUUGUAUGAUAUUGAAUAACAAGACCAGUCAUAGAUUAUUGCUUUGUUACUGUGAAGUUGAUACAUAUUAGCCUUAAGGAUCUUGAUGAGAAUUACAUGGGGGAAAAAAAUCCAUAUAAACGUCUCACAAACUCUUUCUGUUUAAUCAGAAACCAUAAAACCCUUUUCAAACAGGUCAGCAGUGACUUGUUCUCACCUUGUGGUACAUGUAACACACUGAAGGGUUAAUUAUGUCCCAAAUUGUAUGCCUGUGCUGCUGUACUGUGCCUUGUGGUGUUUCUGACUGUAUGACUUUGU